AUGACGGGCCCAGGACUCAGGAUUGUGAUCAAACUCGGAACGAGCUCUAUCGUUGACGAGAAGACACACGAACCAAUUCUGUCGAUUCUGACAUUGAUUGUUGAGACGGUCGCCAAAUUGCGCAAGGAUGGCCAUCAGGUGGUUCUGGUUUCGUCUGGUGCUGUGGGGGUUGGCUUGAGGAGGAUGGAUUGGGAUGAAAGACCGACCGAUCUGCCACGAAUACAGGCGCUCGCUGCUGUUGGCCAGUGCAGGCUGAUGAGUUUAUGGGAUAAUCUCUUCUCGCACCUCCGAGUCCCAGUGGCUCAGAUCCUUUUAACGAGAAAUGAUAUUGCGGACAAUACCCAAUAUGUCAACGCUCAAAACACGUUUGAGCAAUUAUUUAACAUGGGCGUGGUUCCCAUCGUGAACGAAAAUGAUACCCUGGCCGUUUCUGAAAUUAAAUUUGGCGACAAUGAUACCCUCUCAGCGAUCACCGCGGCCACAGUCAAGGCCGACUACCUAUUCUUGAUGACCGAUGUCGAUGCUCUGUACACCGCAAAUCCGCGCCGGGACCCCCACGCAAAGCCCAUCGAAGUUAUUUCGGACAUUUCGACACUAGAAGCGGAUGUCUCAUCAGCUGGGUCUUCUCUUGGGACCGGAGGCAUGAGCACAAAGAUCACCGCUGCAAAACUUGGGACAAGCGCAGGCGUGACAACAAUCAUUACCAAAAGCUCCAAGCCAGGCAAUGUCCACGAGAUCGUAAAGUACCUGCAGGAUCUCCGAAACAACCCAGGUUCUGGCGAGCCUGUGAACGACGAUCCUGCUAAUGAUUCCCCUCGGCCACCUCUCCACACUCGAUUUCUUCCUUCCGGCACCCCAAUUAAAUCGCGGACAUUCUGGCUCCUCCAUGGACUCACACCACAUGGAACCCUCUAUAUCGAUCACGGGGCAUACCAUGCUCUUCUCCAUAAUAAAGCCAGUCUCUUGCCAGCUGGUGUUGUUGGUGUUGAGGGCCAUUUUGGACAACAUGACGCAGUACGCCUAGUGGUUGUUGAGCGAGCAUCUGCGGAUGCGCUGGAUGGAACCAAACCCCAUCACAGUCAGGAGCACAAAGAAGUCGGUCGCGCCAUUGUCAACUAUGGAAGCAUUGAGAUCGAGCACAUCAAGGGUCGCCGGAGUACCCAUAUCCAGGCCGUGCUUGGGUAUGCCGACAGUGAUUAUGUUGCCAGCCAUGAGAACAUCUCAUUUCACCCCGAAGACUUUUUCCCUCAGCCUGAUAGUCCGGUGUUGACGCCGGCGCUGGAGGAAUGGAGAUCUAGAUCUCCUAACAAAAAUGGAAAUUCAUGA